CACAUUCACUUGCUAUUCGUGCCGUGUGGCGGACGGUCUAGCUACAAUUCGUGGCAAUUGUGCAAAUGAAUCGGCAGCCAUUUUUAAACUGCCUACUUAUACAGAGCAUAAAAAGAACAUGGAUAAUAGAGCUUGCGUUUCGAGAUAGCAAUUGCGAGCGAAUGAGAUUAAAUAGGGCGUGAUUAUUGGUGAAGGAGCGAGGCCAGGACGACCGGAGUGGAGGAACAACGUGACGACGGAACGAUCGUCGGCGAGUGGCGAAGGCAGGCAGGCAGGCGGCGGACGAGCAGACGGGCAGGCAGGCAGCGGCGAGAGCGAAACUCGUUAUUUCGCGAGUGCGAACGAACGAACGAGCGAGUGGACGGACGGUGCUCGAGCGAACGCACUUGUUCCCCGUGAAAAUUCAUAUAACGGUGAAUUGUCAACAUCGAACAGGACUCGGAAUAUGCCUCUGAGUCACGAUCUCCUGUUCGCAGUACAGGUGAGAACGCGUGGCGCGUGCGAUCGUGAUCGGUCGUGUUGAGAUCGAACUUGGCGAGAGGAAGAGAGACAGGGAAGCAGAGAGCGAGCAAGAGAGAGAGAGAAAGACGCAUACACACAUCGUGCGCGCGGUAAAAUUUCCGGUAUAAAUCGUGGCAGUGGAGAAAAAUCGCGGCGAAAAAUCGAGAACGUGUUCGGCACAACGUGGGAACAACAACGAUGUCGGUUCUAACAUGCGAGAGGACGGAUGCAACGAUCGUGUCUCUCGACUGUUAAGUUAUCAUAAUAAUGGCAGAUAAUGUGCACAGAAAAUCGCACAAGCUAUCGGAUGGUAGUAGGAAAAUAUCGAAUCCAGUGCACCGUACGACAACAGAGACGAUCCGUCUAGGAGAGAUAGACAAGCUGCACCAGCCGGUUACCCUGAUCACGCCGAGUCACGUGCAAGCGGCGAACAAUAGCCAGUGCAAUCGGAAGAAAACAUCGUCGUUCCAGAUCACGAGCGUUACCGUAGGCUGCCGCAUGAGCAAUGACGCCGGGGAGGAUUCCAACGACGACCUGGACGAGUCGCACACGGAGGACAAUUCCGUGGAGCACUCGCGCAUCACCGACAUCGACAUCGAGACCCCAAGUUACUCGGAGGACACGUUCUCCAAGGAGGAUGUGUUCUUCAACACGAGUAACGCGGCUCUCAGCACGGCCCCGGUGAUUCCUACCAGCUCGCAAUACGGUCUGGCGAUCGUGCCCUCGGAGGGUGGCAAUGUUAGUAAUUCGGUAAACGAUAGCAAUAUCAACACGUUGGACAUUACGUCCGUCACCGACAACAAUAUAAUCAACUUGUUGUCGAGUAACGUGAAGCAAGAUGCUGACCUGCGGGAAGUCCACUCGCACGGCAGGAACGAGAGAUUCAAGGUCGUGAAAAUCGAGAGCACCGAGCCGUUCAAGCGUGGGCGGUGGACUUGUAUGGAUUAUCUGGAUCACACGUCCGUCAAUCAACCGACCGCCAUCGGGACUCCGAAAGUGUCCGAUCCUAACGAGGUGUGCAUAUCUUACGGAGUGACUGAUAGCGGGAUCGUUAUACCGGAAGCUGCGAAACAGUCCGUAGUGCCCGACGAUAAAGGGAUCAGUAUCGACGCGAACGGUCCAGUAUCGUCUCACCCGGAUGCGGUGCACUCUACGAUCGCAGUGUCGAGUAAUCCCGCGCAGUCGGUUCCGAGUGCGAAUUACGCGGUAAACAAUUCGAUACCCCCCAAUGUACAGCAUAAUCCCACUCAAGUUCAAACCCAAGGUAAAGUGCAGCAGCAGCCACCGCCGGCGCAGCAAAUCCCGCAAUACUUUCAGUCGCAGACCCAACCGAUAGCCACCCAGCAGCAGCCGCCGCCGCAGGGAAGCCAGGGAUCCACGUUACCGUCGAAUUUACAGACGACGCAUCCUAACAGCCUGGGUCAGCCCCAGAGCAUGCCCCAGGGUUCGAUUCCUAUCAUAACACAGACUGCUAGUAGCACAGUGACCCCUCAACAGAGCAUACCUCACUCCAAGGAGGAAACAUACGUAACGGUGAGCACGCAGAAUCAAUCCCUGCCAGUUCAGAAUGUCUGUCAGCCGACGGUGCAGCAGACCUCGGUGCCGACUUCCCAGGCGCCGAACAUCCUCGUCACGCAGCACCAGUCAGACGCAGCUACGAUGCAGACGCAGAAACCGCAGAUGCCCCAAAUUUCCGAGCCACUAACUGCCAUACAGGGGAUGCAAGGCAUGCAGAAUAUCCAUAAGGUUCCUCAGACGACGGGUGCGCCGCAACAGGCAUCGUCGACGAUCCAUCCCUCCGGAGCACCAGUGCAGUCGCAAGUAAUCGCACCCACGACGCAGCAGAUGCAGCCGCAAACCUCCACCAGCACCGCCCCGGUGCAGAUCACCCAGGUGACUGCCGGUUGCCAGAACGUCGUCGGCGGACUGCAACAGGGAAACAUUGCGUUUCAUCAAUCGGAUCCGGAGCAAGAAUCUAUCCCCGGUAUCGUUGCUAACGCCACUAAUGCUCAGUCAGCUGACGCGACCCUUCUAGAAUCACUAGCGGAAGUUACGCAGAGCAGCGACGAGCAUCGUGCUCUCGAGGACAAUGAAGAAAGUAUGUCGGGAACAAGUGCUGUGGCGAUUGAUAACAAAAUCGAGCAAGCUAUGGAUCUGGUUAAGAGCCAUUUAAUGUUCGCGGUACGAGAAGAGGUCGAGGUACUGAAAGAAAAGAUAGCCGAGCUUAUGGAUCGUAUCAACCAAUUGGAAGCAGAAAAUUCAAUAUUAAAAGCACACGCAACUCCAGAAACUCUGGCUCAAUUGAAUCAAUCGACAGCAAAAUUACCCCAAAAUAGUUCAGGAAGUGGUCAAUAGGUAACCAUUGUACAUAAGUUUCUAUCGAUACUUUGUCAAGUAAAUAAUGGACAAUUAUUGUAUAUAACUUUACGAUUUUUAGAAAUUUAUAAAUAUAAUGAGAUUUAUUAUAUUAUAUAAAUAUAUAUUAGUAUUAGACAUUUUUUUAAGUAAAUUAAAGAUAAUGGAUUAUUUUUUACUACUUCAGUUUAGAAAAUAUAUUUAAAUCUUUACAUUUGUUUUUUUUUCUUUUCUUUCAAAAUGAAUGAUCAUUUUGAACAUGUAUAUUGUUAUGAUUUUAGACAAAAACUGAAACAUAUACGAGUGCAUGCCAAGACUAAACAGCGCUAGUGACAGAGUUGACAUUAUUUUACAUUAGAAACGCGAUUUUCAAUAUGUUAAAAAAAAGUAACAGUACGGCAGGAUAGGCAGCUUGACAUUCCUAGAUUACGUUUCCUAUUGUUUUAACGUGUUUAGCGCUAAUUUAAAUUAUAAAUUCAAUCAAAUAAUCGUAUAAGAGUGUAAUUGGCAAGACGAACAAAGAUUAAUGUUUAACGACAUUUCUCAAAUAUUGCUUAUGUUACACACAUGGUAUUUUAAUUUUUAAUCAUUUUUCAGCCCCUAUGUUGACUGAAAUAAAUAUUGAUGGUAAAUUUUGCUAAUGUUUGUCACUUUGAAAUAUCAAAUCUCAUGUUUUAUAAUCCGAUAUUCGUGUUAUAGUCUGGUUUUUAAAGUUAUAUACAUAUAUAUACACACACACAUAUAUAUAUAUAUAUAUAUAUAUAUAUAUAUAUAUUGUAAUCAUCAAACAAACCGAUAUCCAAGAAAAUUUACUAUUAGUGUUUAAAAAAACCUGCAAUUUCCUGUCAUCUCUCAUCUUAUGUUACAUUUUAAACAUGCCUAAUAAAAAAUUUUUAA